UAUUGGUGAUAAACGAUAAUGACGACAAGACGUGAUGCAUUCAAAAUUACCUUUUUAAGGAGAAGUGCAUUACCUGUCACUUCCAUCAAUUGAUGUUUUUUUUUUUUGUUAAAAUAUUGAAAUAAUCAACGGUGUGUUGAGUGCACAAAAAUAUGCUAUAAUAAUGUAUAUUACAGUUAAUUUUCAAAUUCAUACUUGCAUGUAUGUUAAAUGGUUUGUCGACAUUUAUCGGUUUUUAAAUUUUAAAUUUGGUUUUAACUGAUUGUGUUAAAAAUUAAGAAAAUUCUGGAAAGGGUCAUUUUACUAUUUGAUCAGAUAAAAAUAAAAAAUGAAUAGUUCUCAAGGAGAUAUUGAACUAAAAAGUGUUGUUACUGAGUCAAAGCGUACUAGGUUUCAAGUGAACUUGGUUGAUAAUGAAUCUCAUAGAGCUCGUUUGGACAGUGCUUCAUCUGAUGAUAAUAAAUAUAGAAGUUUUCGUCAAUUAACACGCGAAGCAUUACCUCGUUUAGAUAAUUACAGAAAUAUUAUGUCUGUACAUGUAGCAUGCAGGCCUACCCUUGAUGAACUUCAUAACAAUGAUAUGGAUGAAAAAGAUCUCAACACACAAGGUAAUGAACCAAGUAGACCUGUAUUAAGAAAACAUGAACAGGGUUGGAUUAAAGGUGUUCUUAUUCGUAAUCUAGUACAAAUAUGGGGUCUUAUGUUAUUUCUUCGUUUAGCUUGGGUUGUGUGCACUACUGGUUUAGUUUCAGGAAUUGUAAUAAUAUUAUUUGGUGGAGCAAUUACUACUAUCACUGCACUGUCAAUGUCAGCAAUCAGUACAAAUGGGGUGUUAAAAGAAGGUGGUACAUACUUUAUGAUAUCUCGUUCUCUUGGACCUGAAUUUGGUGCUUGUAUUGGUGUGAUAUAUUCUAUAUCACUAGCUGCCACAUGUGCUAUGCAUUUAGUUGGAUUUUGUGAAAUGAUACAGAUAUUAUUGAAUUCUCUUCAAUGGACUAUUUUUGAUGGUUCUGUUCAAGAUAUGAGAUUGUUAGGAAUCGGAUCAACAGCUAUAUUACUUGUAGCUACAAUUGGUGGUAUACGUUCCAGUGUUCAGAUUCAUUCAGCAGUUUUGGUUGUCAUAAUUGCAGCUAUUAUAAAUGUGAUAGCUGGAGUAAUUUUUGGUCCUAAAAGUAGUUAUGAAAAUGAUCAAGGAUUUAUUGGAUUUAGUCAGACUGCAUUUAAUCACAAUUUAUUUAAAAACUUUGAAUCAUUUGAAGAUUGGAGUAAGAGUUUUUGGUGUGCGUUUGCAAUAUUUUUUCCAGCUGCUUCAGGAUUUUUAGCUGGCACAAACAAAUCAGGAGAAUUAAAGGAUUCCUUGAGAGAUAUACCAAAAGGAACAUUAACCUCAAUUUUUAUUUCUUCAUUGGUGUACAUAAUUCUGGCAUUUUUAGUUGGAUUAACAUUUGUAGGUCAAGAACCUUCAAAGUAUAAUGAAAUAGCAAGCUGUGAUGUACCAGACAAACUUUAUGCAGUAAAUCGAACUUUUGGACUUAUAGCUUUCUACAGUCCAUUAAUUUAUGCUUGCAUUUUGGCCUCAACAUUGACGGCUUCAAUUUCUUCCUUUCUAGCUGCUCCCAAAGUAUUUCAAAUGUUAUGUAAUGAUAAGUUGUACAGUAAACUUUCAUGGUUUGGGUUUAGUACUAAAUCGGGUGAACCUAUAAGAGCUGACGUUUUGGCAACAAUAAUUGUUGUGUUAUUUAUUAUUCCAGGUGAUCUAAAUGCUAUACUUCCUUCAAUAUCAAAUAUUAUUCUCAGCGUUUAUGCCCUUAUUAAUUUUAGUACCUUUCAUGCGUCUUUAGUAAAACCAAUUGGAUGGAGACCUACUUUUAAACUUUAUAAUAUGUGGCUUAGCUUGGCUGGAUCUAUGUUAUGUGUAGUUUUAAUGUUUGUAAUUUGUUGGUGGAUAGCUUUAGUGACAUUAGCUGCAAUAUUGGCACUAUAUUUAAUUGUAUCUCAUCAGAAACCAGAUGUUAAUUGGGGAACUAGUACUCAAGCUCAAACUUAUAGACAAGCAUUAAUUUCUGUCCAUAGUUUAAUAAGAGUAGAAGAUCAUGUGAAAAAUUUUCGUCCUCAACUUCUUGUUCUAACUGGAAUGCCAUCAGCAAGACCUCCUUUGACUGAUUUUGCUCACCUAAUAACAAAAAAUCUUUCGCUGCUUGUAUGUGGUAAUAUGAUAAAGACUCCAACAUCCCAAAAGUUAUUGGAAAUAUAUUCAAAACGUGCUACUAAUUGGUUAUGUUAUCAUAAAAUAAAAGGAUUUUAUGUUCAAAUAGAUGGAACAAAUUUCGAUGAUGGAGCUAAAAGUUUGAUGCAAACAGUUGGUUUAGGCAAACUUAAACCAAAUAUUAUAAUGUUAGGAUAUAAGGCUAAUUGGUUCAAAUGCAGUACUAAAGAUCUAAACAUGUACUUCAAUGUAUUGCACAAAGCAUUAGACAUUCACAUGGGAGUUUGCAUAUUACGUGUUAAAUCUGGUUUGAAUUAUUCAAACUCUAUUCUGAUCGAUGAAAAUCAACUAGACAUGAUGGUAAAUCGUAAAGCGUCUUUUAUUUCUGAAGAACAAUUUUUGCAUAGUAGAUCACAGUCUAUGUCAACUGUUGCUGAAAAGAAUGAUUGUAAUAGUGGUAGUGAAGAAGAAAGUGAAUUACUUACAAAAGAUUCUUAUAUGGUUUAUACUAAGUCAAACAAUGAUUUUACAGAUCAUCAAAAAAAAUCUAAAAACCAAAAAGUUAACAUUGUAAAAGGUACAGAUGGUUAUGAUUUGCCCAAAGAUACUAUCUAUAAUAUAACAAGAUUUCAACGUAAGCAGAAAAAAGGUACUAUUGAUGUUUGGUGGUUAUAUGAUGAUGGAGGCCUUACAUUAUUAUUACCAUAUAUAAUUAGUACUAGAGGUAAUUGGUCUUCCUGUAAAUUGAGAGUAUUUACAAUAGCUAACAAAAAAGAUCAGUUGGAAUUUGAACAAAGAAGUAUUGCUAGUCUCUUGGCCAAAUUUCGAAUUGAUUAUUCAGAUUUAUUAGUGAUAACAGAUUUACUAAGAAAACCUCAUGAAGAAACUUUAGCUUUUUAUAAUAGUCUAAUAAAAAGUUAUAAACCGAAAGGACAUAACAAUGAAAGUAUAACUGAAUCUGAGUUAACAGCUAUGAAAGAAAAGACUAAUCGACAUCUCCGGUUAAGAGAACUACUUUUAGAAAACUCUCAAGAAUCUAAUCUUAUAGUGAUGACUUUACCAAUGCCAAGAAAAAAUGUGGUACCAGCACCAUUAUAUAUGUCAUGGUUAGAGACUCUAACUCAAGGUAUGCCACCAUUUUUAUUGGUUAGAGGAAACCAAAGUUCUGUGUUAACGUUUUAUUCCUGAGCCUUGUGCUUAUAAUAUUGUUCCUUUAUUAAUUACUGAUGUAGUUUUUUAACUGAAACAUUGUUAUACAAGAAGUAAUUUAAAAAACAAUUCUUCCAAUAUACUUUGAAUUUUUAUAAUAUGGUAGAAUGUGGUCUACUAUCAUAAAAUUUCCAUGAAUUUUAUAAAUUAAACAUUAUUUACUUAAAUAAUUCAAUAAUGUUUAUUUCUUUUACUCUUAAAUUAUAGACUGAUAAAAACAUUUGUUUUCUUGGUAUACAGUACUCAUAUUUCAUAUAAAUAUAAUUUACAUAAAAAGUAUUUUAACUAUUUAAUAUUACACAAACUCAAGUAAUAUACUAUUUACAUUGACUUAUUUUUUUUAUUUGUUUGUAUAACAAUGUUUAAAUAAUAAUUAACUGUAUGAGAAUCUCAAUCUUCUAAAUAACACUAUACUUACACUUAAUGUUAUACUAAAUGUUGGCUUUCAUAAAAAUAGCCUAUAUAUUGAUUUAUGGAGUAUAUUAAGAUCCAACAAAAAUAAACAUAAUAUUUCAAAUAUCUUUUUAGUUUGUUUCACAUGAUAUAAUUAUUUGAUUUAAUAAUUUUAAUUUUAAAAGAGAUACUUUUUUCAUUAAUAUAGAUAUAAGUUUAUAUUAUUUCUUUAUUUUCAUAAUUAUUCAUUUAUUUAUAUUUAAUACAUUAAAUAAUGUUUUUUUAAGUAUGGUUAAAAUAAAAAUGACUUAAUACUUUAACUGAUAUAAGAAAACAUGUAAAUAUUACAAAUAAUAAAAUUUCAAGUAUUUAAAUAUAAAAUUUAUAUUUUUUCAAUAAACUUAACUAUUAAAAAUGAAUGAUCUUCGUUGUAAAAAAAUGUACAGAAAACUUAUAUCAAUGAAAAAUUCCUCUUAAAUCUUGAUUACUAAAAAUAUAACAAUUUUGUUUACUCAAAAUUUUUAAUUUAAAUAAUGUUAAUUUAUUCUAUUAUUUAUUUGAUUUUUUUUUAAAGUUACACAAAAAUAUAAAGAACGUAUUAUUACUGUAUAAAAGAAGUUUAAAAAUGUUAGCAUAACAUAAUUUUCAAUUUUAGAUGUACCAAUUCAUAUCUUAUAACUAGAUUUGAAUUAAUAUUUCUAAAUAAAAAUUUUCUUUAUUUUGUUUAUGUUAGAAUAAUUUUUCAUACUUUUUAUUUUUGUUCGUUUCUUUGUAAAAAAUAUUCAAAAGUUUUUGAACACAUACAGUAUAAGUAAUUAAAAGUAACAAUAAUAAUACUAAUGUCUAUAUUAUUUUUAUACUUCUUUUAUUUUAAAUUGAUUAAAAUGUUUGUUUUUCAUUUAUCUGCUUUGA